GGAGUCAUUUUUCUGUAGUCCUAACUCCUCAUUGGAGUUCCUCCUGCCCAUUUUGAGCAGAGCGCAGAGGAAUUUAUGCCUCCAAAACAGUCAGAAACUAUUUCCUUCUCGCAUAAAUAGAUUCAAUCUGAUCACACUAAGCAAGACAGCAUGUGAAACAGGGAGGCUUCAAUAAAACGCUUCUCAUUUUCAAAUCAAACAUGAAAUAAGUGUCUAAAGGAGUUUCCUGAAGGAUUUCUGAGAUGAAUUAUGUAACCUGUUGAACAGAGAGAGGAAGCAGACAUCUGUUCUUUCACAGUAAACUCCCGAUUAAGAGCAAUUAUUACUGCCACACGAUCGAAUUUAAUCACAACAAAUAAAGCAGGAAUUUAUGCUGCAAUAUUUUCCUCCACGUCUCCAACACUGACGCGCGUGUACGUGCGCGCAGGCGGAGAGGACGUCUCCAGCGCGCACCGGUCAGUGGGGAAAGUUUGACGCCAGACGCAUCAGAUGUCCCAGCUCUGAGCGAUGCAGAAUAUGCAGAAUAUUCUCCAUAUUCUCGGUCGCCACGUGUCGUGUCCCGUUGAUAAGACGCUCGGCGCCCGCAGUCUGAUGUCUGACCGUGAACGGAGCUAUAUUAUCCUCCACCUGCUCUCGCUGUUUCACACUUUAGUGGUCGGUGUCUGCGCGCGCUCGGCUUUCCCAGGAAAGCGGGAUCCCUCGUAAAAUUUGGGCACUUUGGCGCGUGGGACGGGAGUGACAGGACUCAACAAGUGACUUUCACAGCACAGAAAGGAGAGGAGACUUCUUUGAGAGGAGUUCGGGAUACGUGUUGAAGUUGGUGUGCGCUAUGAAGGGAGCAGGGCUUCUCCAGAUGUGGAUACUUUUCUUGUUGGGGGCUGUGAGUGGAGUGGGGAGAGCCCAGGUCUCAACUGCCAGAGUUCUGAGGGGGAACACCAGGAGAGACGACUUGUACCAGAAAGAGGAAAACAUCAUGGUAACAUCGACUGGUGGGUUCAUCCAGAGCCCGCGCUACCCCAACGCUUAUCCUCGCAACCUGCUGUUGUCAUGGAAACUGCUAUCACCGCCAGGGAGCCGCAUACACCUGGAGUUUGACGCGCAGUUCGGUCUGGAGGAGCCAGAGAACGGGGUCUGCAGGUAUGACUUUGUUGAGGUGGAAGACCAGGCGGAGGCAAGCACCAUCAUUUGGGGCCGCUGGUGUGGGCAGAACGUACCUCCAAGUCUGAAGUCCAAACGCAACGUGCUGAGAGUCACCUUCAAGUCUGAUGAUUACUUUGUGGCAAAGCCGGGCUUCAAACUCUACUAUUCGCUGCUGGUUGACCACUCUCUGCUCCCAUCCAAGACCAAUUGGGAGGCCGUAACUUCUCCCAUGUCGCAGGACGUGGGUGUUAAGGAGCUGCCAACUCCAGAGACAGCGGUUCCUUUAUCCCUGGAGGAUUUGGACAGGACCAUAGCUUCCUUUGACACAGUGGAACAGCUUCUGAAAUCAUUGAGUCCAAGGACUUGGAGAGAAGACCUGGACAGCAUCUACACUCAGACAUAUGUUCACUAUAGAUCCAGAUCCUAUUAUCUGUCUGGCAGACACGACAAAGUUGAUCUGAAUCGUCUCUAUGACGACGUCAAGAGAUACAGCUGCACUCCCCGCAACUACUCUGUGAACCUGCGCGAGGAGCUGAGGAUCACCAACGCCGUCUUCUUCCCCCGAUGUCUGCUGGUGAAACGCUGCGGAGGAAACUGCGGCUGCGGGAGCAAAAGCUGGCAAUUUGACUGCACGUGUCAGCCCACCAAAACGGCAACCAAACUGCACGAGGUGCUGAAAUACGCCCCAGACCCCUCCCUGCAUAAACGCCCUCAGAGCCAGAGACUGCGCUGGGUCAUCGAUGAAAUCUUCCUCUCCCAUCAUGACACGUGUGAGUGUGUGUGUCCUUCCCAGCCCCCUCGCUGAGACGCUCAUUCUGGCUCGUGCAUCUGGAACUGAUGGAUGAGGCCUUUUAUCGAUUUUGCAAUGGACUUUAUAUAACAAACCGCACCACUGGCAAACAUGAGGCAGAGAGGAGGGCAACGCUCUGACUGAUAAACUGCUGCUCGCAUCUGAAACAUUUGCUCCUGCAGAUAAACCUUUUUACCUUUCCCUGUGCACAGGUCAAACUUAUGAAACGCCUUUACAGUAAAUCUUCCCAACCCUUUGGUUAUUUA